AAUGUUGGAUGUUCCUUGUGUACUGUUUCAAUAAUAUUUUUCAAGUUCAUGGAGUUGAUAUGGCCUGGUGGUCUCCCAUGGGAGUUUAUAAUAACUUCGCAACACACAUCUUGGGGCUUAUCAGGAGAGUUUUUAUGACGAAAGAACCAUACGAGGCGCCUCUGGUUCUAUCUCCCAUUCCCAAGUAAAUUAUGUGGCCAGAGAGAAGGCAUAUAAGAGGGAGGGCAUUUGUAUGAAUUCACAAUACGAAGAGUAACGCUCAACAGUUCAAAAAUAUUCAAUCAGCACUCGUUCCUGGUCACGUCCAGUCGUCUUCUCUGGAAUAAGAAGUACAAAGAAAAAGCGCGAGUUUUAACUGAAAGUGAGAAUUAAAUCUUGAUUCUGGUGAAAUUUUUAGUGUGUGGAAUCCCCAAAAAAAAAUUUAUUUAAAUCUUGAGUGGUUUUGUGUGUGCGUGGUUAAAAAAAAUGGAAUCCAGAAGUGACUUAGCACAGUCCUUUGAGACGAACAAUUUUGUCCAAUUUGCCAUGAAUGCUCUGAGAUUGCGUCGGCAGAAGCCACUUCAUCACCUGGAGACGAGUCUCAGUGAGCCCGAGGAGGAAAUUGAAUUACCUGAAAUUUCCCUGGAGGAAGUGGCAAAUCAUGACAGUGCCUCAGAUUGCUGGAUUGUCAUUUACGAUCGUAUCUACGAUGUGACAAAAUUUCUCAAAUUGCAUCCGGGUGGUGACUACUUACUCCUUGAAAAUGCGGGCAGAGAUGCCACAAUUGCCUUUCGUGGUUCCGGACACAGUCAGGAAGCUGUAGAUUCGCUCAAGAAAUGGAUGAUUGGACAGUUGCCUGAAAAAGAAAGAAUAUUUCGCUGCGAUAAACCCAUCUUCAAGAUAGAUUUGCCACAGUGAUCACUUCGAAGAUUUGCAUCUUGAUCCAGAACAGUAUUUAAAAUCACGCCUCUUAAAGCAAAAUUGUAUUUUUAAGACAGAAGCACAUCCACCGUCUAAUCAUUACAGUCACUGUUAAAUAACUUCAUCGUUUUUUUAUUUAUCCUAUUACAAUUAUCAGACUAAAAAGUCCCUACACAUUGGAAACUAUUUUCCAAUUUCCUUCAAAAAAGCAAUUUUGACGAAAAUUGCUUCCAAUGGAGAUCCUUAAAGCGGUCUUCAGACUAGAGGUUUAGCCCAAUUCCCGUAGGUCUCAAAAUUCUAAAUAGCGUGUAAUUUAAUUGAUUUUUGAGAGUAUAAUAGAUUAUUUAUCUUUAAUAAUACAAUCCUAAGAUAAAUUUUCCCAAAAAAGCAUGAUUGAUAAGAAAUUAGAGCAGUCAAGCCAUUUGGCUAAGCCUUAGGUCUGAAGCCCGUAUAAGUCACUAUCAUAUGUCAUGAAUUAUUAAUAUUUUAAAAUAUUUUAGAAGAAGUCUUUCAGGUUUCGCACACACUCUGCCUCGAACACUUCAUGUUCUUCCUGUAUUCCUUCAAUGAAUCUGCCCUAUCUAUGGCAAAAUAUUUUAGUUGCUAGUCUUUAGUCACACAUUUCCUGAGAAAAAUAGGUUAGAUUCUCCAAAGGAAUAUGCAAAAAAUAUGAAGUGUUCGAAGCUAGAGUGUGUGCGAAGCCUCAAAGCUUUCUACCAAUCCUAAACAUCAUUUUCUUGUUAAUACUAAUUAAUAAACAUUUAUUAGUGUCCUAAUAAGGUUGCGUAGCAGAAAAUAUUAAGCUUAAUUGUUUUCUUUUUGAAGCUUUACUUGCGUUCAAAGCUUUAAUUUUAAUCCUAUUUAAUAACACGUUAAUAUAAAUAAUGAUUGUUUAAAAAAAUCGUGUGAAUAAUCCUAAAUGAAAAAAUUAAUGUUUACGAGAAUAUUUUGUAUUUUUUAGCAAGUCUUUUAAUUAGGAAUUUGAGAAUGAAAAAAGUUGAGAUCAGUUGUCAGUGCAACUCACGGGAGAAAACCACGCCCUCAUGCGGGAAAAAGGUUGUCAGUGUCUCUGAAUAAUCCGUAUUUAAAUCCGAAUAAAGCUUAUUCGAAGUGAAAAAA